AUGGCAUCUAAGCUGCAUUUCAUCCCCAUUAUUCCACUCUUCUUCAUUCUCUCCUCACUGUUAUCGCCGGCGACGGUUUACUCCGCCGUGGAUAACCGUCAACCGGUGAGAGGAGACAUUAAUUCAUGGUGCGCCACGACGCCGCAUCCGGCCACGUGCAAGUUCUUCAUGGCACGUGCGGGGUACAACUUCAAGCCGAAAUGCCGGGACGAUUUCCGGACGAUGACGGUGGAGGUGGCGAUGGAGCGUGCGCUGCACGCUCAGCGGCACGCGAAGGAGCUUGAGAAGCACUGCCACAGCCGCCGGAAGAAGAUGGUGUGGCUCGACUGCGAUAAGCUGGUCGACGACACUAUCUUCCAGCUCAACAACACCGUCCGGGGACUCAAAACUAACUGCUCGGCGUUCGACGCCCAGACGUGGCUCAGCGCCGCCCUAACAAACAUCCACACCUGUCAGGCCGGCUCGGUCCAGCUCAACGUCUCUCACUUUUUCCGCCCUGUCGUCUCCUUCAACGUCUCCGAGCUCAUCAGCAACAGCCUCGCCGUCAACGGCGUCCUGCUCGACGAACAAAACUCCACCACCGCCUCGGCCGCCGCUGACGGCGGCGACGGCGGCCGGGAGUUUCCGAGCUGGUUGACUGCCGGAGAUCGGAGGCUAUUGCAGAGCGCGUCGGUACGUUCGAAGGCGAAUUACGUGGUGUCUAAAGAUGGGAAAGGGCAGUUCCGGUCUAUCCAGGCGGCUAUAAACUAUGCAACGUCGAGAAGAAAGGGGAAUCAGAGGAUUGUUAUAUAUAUAAAGAGAGGGGUUUACAAUGAGAAUGUGCAAAUAGGGAGUAAUAUGAAUAAGAUCAUGCUGGUUGGGGAUGGGUUGAGAUAUACGAUCAUCACAGGGAGUCGCAGCGUCGCGUCUGGUUUCACAACUUACAGCACUGCAACAGUUGGUGUGGAUGGCCUUAAUUUCAUUGCCCGUGGCAUAACAUUCCGCAACACUGCCGGUCCACAAAAGGCCCAAGCCGUGGCUCUCCGGUCCGCCUCCGACCUCUCGGUCUUCUACGCCUGCAGCUUCGAAGGCUACCAAGACACCCUCUUCGUCCUCGCCCAGCGCCAGUUCUACAAAUCAUGUUACAUUUACGGCACCAUAGACUUCAUAUUUGGCAACGCCGCCGUCGUCUUCCAGAACUGUGUCAUCUACGUCCGCAAACCCCUGUGGGGCCAAUCCAACGUUGUCACCGCCCAGGGCCGCGCCGACCCGUUUCAGAACACCGGAAUCUCCAUCCACAACUGCCGCGUCAUGGCGGCGCCCGACCUUAAACCGGUGAUCCGGUCCUACAAGACGUACCUGGGUCGCCCGUGGCAGCAGUAUUCGCGGACCGUUUUCCUAAAGACUUAUUUGGAUAGCCUUGUGAACCCACAAGGUUGGAUGCCAUGGGAGAACUCGAAAUUUGGGUUGACCACGUUGUACUACGGAGAAUACAAGAAUUUUGGACCGGGAGGUUCGACCCGGUCUAGGGUCAAGUGGCCGGGUUACCAUAUCAUCACGAGUUCGACCGAGGCGUCCAAAUUCACUGUCGCCAGCCUCAUUGCUGGGCGUUCAUGGCUGCCUUCUGCUGGUGUGCCGUUUACCGCAGGGCUGUGA